CAGUUUUUAUUCACCUCAGAUAUUUAUUAUUUACUUCCGCAAGGUGCACGCUAUGGAGCGAGUUUGACACCGACCUACUAUUAUGGAGAAUAUGUAGCCCAAACAGAAGAUUUUAGAGAUAUGAGCGGGUCUAACGGUAACACGGAUCCGGUGAUCUUGGCCACUGCUGGAUAUGACCACACGAUCAGGUUCUGGCAGGCUCACAGCGGGAUAUGUUACCGAACUGUACCCCAUCCAGACUCUCAAGUCAAUGCAUUGGAAAUAACACCAGACAAACAACUAAUAGCAGCAGCAGGUUAUCAGCAUAUACGUAUGUAUGAUCUUAACUCCAACAAUCCAAAUCCUGUCAUUAACUACGAAGGCAUUUCCAAAAACAUCACAGGUGUUGGGUUUCAGGAAGAAGGCAAAUGGAUGUACACAGGUGGUGAGGAUAACAAUGUGCGCAUCUGGGACCUCAGAUCCAGAAAUCAACAGUGCCAAAGGCUGUUCCAAGUGAAUGCUCCAAUCAACUGUGUCUGUCUCCACCCAAAUCAGGGAGAAUUAUUUAUUGGAGACCAAAGUGGGUCCAUUCAUAUAUGGGACUUGAAGACAAACAAUAACGAACAGCUUAUACCUGAACAAGACGCCUCAAUCCACUCCAUCAGCAUUGACCCCAUGGGUACAAUGAUGGCCGCUGUAAAUAACAAGUGUAGUUGUUACAUAUGGACGCUGACAGGAGGGCGGGGCACAGAUCCAACUAAACUACACCCCAAGACCAAAUUUGAGGCACACAGUCGAUACGCACUCAAAUGUUUGUUCAGUCCAGAUUCCACGUUGCUGGCCACUACUUCAGCAGAUCACACAGCAAAGAUUUGGCGAACAGCCGACCGCACGUUGAUGACUGAACUCAGGGACAACACCCAGCGUUGGGUAUGGGAUUGUGCCUUCAGUGGCGACUCCCAGUAUAUCAUUACAGCAUCUUCAGACAACACUGCAAGACUAUGGAGCGUUGACACAGGAGAAGUCAAGAAGGAAUACAGCGGCCACCAAAAGGCUGUGGUUGCCAUGGCAUUUAGGGAUGAAAUUGUUGUUCAUUGAUGAAGGAGUUUUAACAUUGGACUGUAAAACCUUGUCAGUUAUUUAUUUCAUGUAUCACCGAUGAAAUGCAAGAUGCAAGGACUUAAUAAUGCCUUUUAUCAAAUCCUAAAAGUAUUGAUGAAUAAGGUAUUCAAACAUGAUGUGUUCUUGCAUAAGUGUCUUUCAUCCACUCAAUAAAUGUUGAGGAUUAAUGAACGCAGCUUUGCCCAUAUAUGGACAAUGUGACAAAGAAACUUUCAUUAGGCACGGCCGACGUAACCCAAACUGACCAUUGGCUGGUCAGUAAGAACUCUUGCUUUUAAGGAGAGGCUGGCAGAUGAAGUGAAGGGACGAGUAUGGUACGAUAACGCUAAUUAAAACAACAGUAUAUAUACAACACAAAUGAAUCAUAAU